CAGCUCAGCCGAACGCUGCAGAGCCUGGAGAUCGAGCUGCAGUCCCAGUUCAGCAUGAAAGCGUCGUUGGGGGCCACCCUGAAUGAGACUCAGAACCGGUACGCCAUGCAGCUGACGGGUUACCAGAACCAGGUGACCAUGCUGGAGGAUCAGCUGACGCACCUGAAGGCCGAGCUGGAGAGGCAGUCCCAGGAGUACCAGAUGCUGCUGGACAUCAAGACCAGGCUGGAGAUGGAGAUCGCCGAGUACAGGAGGCUGCUGGACGGAGAGGCCAGCAGCAGUUUGGCCAUCUCCUCCUCCUCCUCCUCUGCCAUGGCUUCCACUUCCUCCUCUACCAUCACCACCACCACCACCCAGAAAAUAAUCACCAUUGUAGAGGAGGUAGUGGAUGGAAAGGUGGUCAGCUCCUCCGAAGAGACUGUCAGUCAGACCCUCUGAGCACCAACAGGGCGUACUCUAACUAAUAAACAAGCAAGUCAGUUACGGAUACUCAAAAUAAACACUGUCUCUUGUGUCUUCUGUGUCUGAAGUUGCAGUUCCUCCAAUGGCCACCAGGUGCUGCUGCACUGAAAGGUUAUGAGGGUUGGGAAUAUAUUACAUUUACAAA